CGGGCGAUCGUCCUCAUUCACGGGUUCGGGGUGUCGAGCUUUCAGUUUAGAGAUAACGUGCGCGCGCUCGGCGAACGCCAUCGAGUGUACGCGUUGGAUUUAGUGGGAUUCGGAACGAGUGAUCAACCAGACGUACCGUACGCGAUGGAAUUUUGGAGAGAUCAAGUGAUCGACUUCGUGGAAAACGUCGUGGGCGAGCCGGCGGUGCUGGUGGGGAACAGCAUCGGCUCGCUCGCGGCGGUGCACGUGGCGGCCGAGUCGCCGAAGACGACGGCGGGCAUCGCCCUCAUCAACUGCGCGGGGGGGAUGAAUAACAAAGUCAAACGCUUAGAUGGAGAUUUUGAUGGAUAUGGGUGGCAAUACAAGGCCGUGGUACCCAUUUUCAGCGUCGUGUUGGCCAUCAUAGACGCGGUGUUGAAGGUGGAGCCGAUCGCGAAACCGCUCUUUGAAAGCGUGAGAGGCGAAGAAAAUGUGCGCGGCGCGCUCGCAAAUGUGUACAUGAAUCCCAGUCGCGUCGAUGACGGGUUGGUGAACUCUAUUUGCGGCGCGGCGAACAGAGAAGGCGCGUUCAAGGCGUUCGUGAACAUCUUAACGGGUCCCGCCGGGCCGCGUCCCGAGGAACUCAUGCCUCGCGUCGCGUGUCCGAUGCUCAUCUUGUGGGGAAGCAAAGACACCAUCACCCCGCUCGAUUUCCCGCUCGGUCAAUACUUUCUCAACCUUCCGAAAACACGACAGACGUCGCGAACGGACUUCAUACAGUUUGAAGGCGAAGGACACUGCGUGCAAGACGACAAUCCAAAACUCGUCAACGACGCGUUGACCGAUUGGGUCGCCGCGCUUUAG